AAAACCCGAUCCACAGACCCGAUUCGAGAAAAAACCCAUUAAUGACACCCAGAUCCGAGAAUCAGUUGUUAUUAGUUGGUUCCUCCUCCCUCCGCCGCCUCUCCGAUUCUGUUUCCACCUUCAAAACACAAGAAUGUCCGUUAAUGGCGGCGGCGACGGUGCUGAACUUUCUGCAGAGCAAUGUAAAAUCGAAUAUAUUCCGGGCAAGCUCCCAGUUCCUCCUCACCUACAACCCACUGUGAGCGUUCUUGCUGCUGUGAUUGAAGCUUCGCAUGCCAGUACUCUAAUCAGGAAGUUAAAUAAAAUUGCACCCUUGGAAAACCUUCGCCACGUCAAACGUAUACGGAAGAAACGCCUUGAUGGAGGUAAAUAUGAGUUAUCUUUGAUCUUAUGUUUGGCUUCAGAAACUGAUGGGCAAUUGGGUGGCAUCCCAACUGAUGUGCUUGAGUUCAUUAAGGAAUACCAGUUGAGUAGUUUUGUUGCCAAAGUUUGCAAAUAUGCUGCUUUAACAAAAGAAGAAUGGGAUGAGCAGUGCAAGUUGUGGCCAACGUCUUACCACCCACCUACAUAUAAUAUUGCUGGCAUUACUGGGUUCAGUGAGGACGAUACAAGAUCUAUUGUUGACUUCAUGAAAUAUGCGGCUGAUUUGGCGAGAUCAAGUGACAAUCGGGUAGUCAAUGCUGCUGUUAUCGUUGAUCCUUCUACUAAACAGGUUAUUUCAAGUGCCUGUGACCAAGUCUUUUCUUGGACCACUGCUGAAAGUAACAUCAACAUUGAAAAGAAUGGUUUAGAUCCUAACACUUCCCUGAACUGCCCCGGCACAUUUGAAUCGAAAGAACAUACGAAGUUGCCAUCCUCUGCAUCCUCUGAUCCUGGAAGCUUUUCUAAUUGUGUAUCUUGCUUGCAUCCAUGGCGGUGGGCUGAGCAAGAGUUUGGGGAAAGUUCUGAAUCUUGGCAUCCUCUGAGGCAUGCUGCUAUGGUAGCUAUUGAGUAUUCUGCUAACCAGGAUAGACUGCUUUUUCCUAAUGAUGGGCAUAGUGGAGCAGAGAUCAUUUUGGAGGAAUGUGUGUCUUUUCCUUCAACUGAAUCACCUUCUAAAAGACAAAAGACCAGCCUUAAUAAUGUAAUCUGACCUGGGUUCCUUACUUGUUCUUGAAUUGUGUUUGUUUUCCCUGGUUUGUAAAGUGAUAAUAAAUGCAAAAAGUGGAGUACAGUGCAUUAUUUUGUUAUACACUAUGUGCAGAAAAUAGACUAUUUCAUAACAUUGAUGUUGAUUUCCUUUUCAGGUUGAGGAUGGUGAGAAUCAUGAGCUGAGGGCUAGAAGUUCUGAUUCAGUCAGACCUUAUUUAUGUACCGGAUAUGAUAUCUUUUUUGUCUGGGAGCCAUGCAUUAUGUAAGUUUGGCAACCUCACACUAUCAGUUUUUUACAUAGCUGUUUAUGUUUUGAGUCCUUUUCUUUUUUACUCCCAGUAGUGGUGGUUUUCUUAGUUAUUGUCCAUUAGACAUGAAGUAUGUUUUCGUUUUGCUUAGAUGGCCUCUGUAAGUAUGCAACAUGAGAACUAUAAGCUCUUAUGGCAUUUUGAUUACUUAAAUACCUUAAACUGGGACUAAGUUAAUUGAAAGAAGGAAUAAAUGCAGAGGUCAGAAAUUCCAAAGAAAGAAAACUAGAGGGUGUGAGAUUUGAUUGGUAAGUCUGUCCGCACUGUGAGAUUGUGCAUAAGAGAUUGGUCAGUGUUAAUUUUUGUUGUUUGGCGUCACUUCAUCUCACUUGAUAUUAUGAUUCUACGCUGAAUCUAGGUGUGCGAUGGCACUUGUGCAUCAGAGAGUUAGGCGCAUAUUUUUUGCUCUUCCCAACAAAACUGCUGGUGCACUUGGAAGUGUUCACAGGUUACAAGGAGAGACAAGUUUGAAUCACCAUUUUGCUGUUUUCAGGGUUUCAUUACCUGAAGAAUUACUGAAUUUUGAUAGUAAAAACAGCCGAAACUUAUUAGGAUCAUCAGAUUAAAAGUCUUGUCGACUUUAGCAAUUAAGAUACUCUAAUGUAACCUUGUUCAUCUCGAACCACUAGUUUUAGGCUGUUAUAGUUCUAGAAAGCUUGUAUUUGAAUUCAUCUUGGGGGGUGAGAGUGAGAGCAGCUUCCAAUAGUUUUAAUAGGAUUGAUUUAUUAGGUUGCCAAAACUGACGGGAACCAGUCCAAGGCUCGUCUUCUUGCCAGCAUAAUUGAUACGUUUUACACUGACAUUUUCAGAGAAUCGCCAAUGUUGUUCACUUUGAAUCACUUCUAGCAGAAACAAUGCAAUCAAUUUUCCGAACAAAAGUGAAAAUGAUUUGCUAGGAUUGUAUCAUUAUCAUAUACUCCCUCCGUCCCAUAAUUAUUGUUCAGUUUUACUAAAAUGAAAGAUUUUAUUUUUGGUCAAACUUAACUAUAUUUUACCUUAAACAAUCG